GCUGCUCCUCUUCCAAUCCAGCUCCCUGCUGUGGCCUGGGAAAGCAGCAGAAGAUGGCCCAAGUCCUUGGACCCCUGCACCCACAUGGGAGACUGGGAUGGAGUUCUUGGCUCCUGGCUUCAGGGGCUGUUGUGGUCUUCUAGGGGAGUGAACCAAUAGAUGGCGGAUUCUCUCUCUCUCUCUCUCUCUCUCUCUUUCUCUCUUUCUCUCUCUCAACUCUGCCUUUCAAAAUAAAUAAAUACAUAAAAUCUUAAAAGGUCACAGACAACAGGUGUGUACUGAGCAGGUGCUGUCAGCAGCCUGAGGCUGUGUCUUCUCUUUCCAGUUCGCUGGGCAUUUAAAGUGGGACAGGAAAAGUUAUUUCUGAGGGCCCCAGUUCCCUCCGAGGGGGAAGCUGAGGUCACUCCCAGGAGGGACCCGAGCCCACCGGCUGCCGUCCUGGGCCCCGGCCUGGGAGUCUCCAGCAGGUGCUUCCUCCCUCAGAGGCUGCCACGGAGCAAGACCAGAGCCACAAAGGCUGUUCCUGUAACUGACGCUGCAAACCCAUGAAAGCCUGGGAUGGUAGUGACCAGGGACCGGGGCGUGUAGGGUCCCACCCCUUGGAGCAGGGAGGGAGCUGCCGGCUCAGAGUGAAGACCCCAGGAGUGGAGGUCAUGGGAGAUUGUGCUGUGUGGCUAGGAACCAUGUCCCGGAUUCCAGUGUGGCUCCUGCUACUUGCCCAGUGCGCAGGUGGUGGCCCUCAGCCGGCCUUGCACCAGCCGCCGACCGCGUCUUCGGCCCUGGGGACCACGGUCCGUCUCGCCUGCACCCUGAGCCGCGACCACAGCGUGGGACUACACAGCAUCUACUGGUAUCAGCAGAGGCCAGGCCACCCGCCCAGGUUCCUGCUGCGGUACUUCUCGCACUCCAACCAGCUCCACGGCCCCGGGAUCCCUCCUCGCUUCUCCGGAUCCAAGGACGUGGCCCGGAACAGCGGCUACCUGAUCAUCUCGGAGCUGCGGCCGGAGGAUGAGGCUGUGUAUUAUUGCGCCAUGGGCAGCCUGGAGGAGGAGAUGGAGAGGAAGAGGGGGGAGGAAGAGGAGCCUGCGGCCUCAGGGUCCCAGGUGCCCAAGAACAGCGCGCCCUGAGGCGGAGACACCAGGAUCGGCACCCCCUUAACUUGGAGAGAGGCCGGCGUGGGGGGAAGGAGGUGCCCCCUGCUGGCCCCAGGAGUCCCCAGGCCGCCGCGGAGUGUCUCCUGGCACAGGCGGUGUUGCUGGAAGCCCCCUGGGUUGGAGGCUGGGGUAAGGGAUUAAAGUUCCUGUGUCUUGAGAAGUCUCGGUGCUGUGUUUUGCUGGGCACUGGAGAGGUCAGGAUGGGCGGGGCGCAGUUGCGAGCCAGGAUCCCAGAGAGCUUGGCCAUUACUGCUGGCUUGGCUGGGCAAUGUGGCCAGGGGCUCACCCCAGAUCACGGCGCUGGGGUGGGGGAACAGUUGACCAAAGCACCCUGCGUUCUUGGUGAGGGUGGGAAAGGGACAUCUUUGCCAAGGGCGUGCCUUUCUGUAGGCAUCAGCUGACUCAUCAGCUGAGUUUACAGGGCUAAUGAGCGUAGGGACACCUUCCCUGGGUCUCUGGGGGAGGUGACCUGGGGGUAGGGAGCUCCGCCUUGGUUCUAUUGAGAUUCUGGGCUAAAUAGUUCUCAGCUGUGGGGCUGUCCUGUGCAUUGCAGGAUUGGCCUCUGCCCACCAGCUGUGUCACUCCUCGGACUGUGCCAAUCCCACGGGUCUCUAGACAUCACCAAGUGUCGCCAGGUGUGGCAGAGUCUCCCCAGCUGAGAAGCACCAUCUAAGGAGAGCAGUGCCUUCACUCUCGGGCACAGAGCCAGGAUUUGUUUGUUUGUUUUUUCCUGGAAAGGGCCAGGGAGUGAGUAUUUUUGACCCUGUGGGCCGUUGCAGAUGCUCAAUGCUCAGUCGCAGCCAGAGAUCAUGGGAGCCCGCGCCGGUGCCUGUGCUCCUCAGAUCUCAUUUACAGAGCCAGGUGGGGCUGCCGGAGGUGUGGCCACUGGGGCCAUAGUGGGCCACCCCUGCUCUGGAGGACCCCCCACCCCCAGGUCCCGCCUCCAAAGGCUUCAACCAAGCCUUUGCUUCCUGGGAUCAUCAGGGUCCCCUUCAGCUCCUCCUGUGACCCCAACUUGGGUGAGAACGUCCACUAGGAUGGUAAAAAAGACCCCGAGAGCCCCUCCUCCUCUCCAACCAGAGACGGACACAUGUCAAUACUGGCUGGUCCCCACGUGCUGCUGGCCUGCCUGUGGUCAAACUGCUGUCAGCUCACAGCAGGCCCCAGGGACCCUGUGUUCUUUCACUUCCUCGAAUGCACAGA